AUGUUACAAGGGUUAGACCAGCAGGGAACUUCCAUAAAACACACCAGGAAGUUGUUGACCUUGCUGUGGACUGGUACUCCCAAUCCCAGUCUGAUGCGUCGGCGCAAGGGUCAGGAUGGGAAGAUCAGCGAGACGAGGACCUCUCAGCCAUCAGUAAAAAUUUCUCAAGAAGGACGAGAUUGUCAAGUUGAAGUGAGGCCGGUGGAUGAAACAGUCCAUCCCUUUGUGGCCCACCCCAUGAUGAUGGUGCAGCGAGCUAUGGCUGCCAAGAGUUUAUCCCAUGCGCAAGGCGGAACACUCUUUGCUGGAUAUAUGAAGAUCCUUCCAGUAUUUAUCAUAGUAAUGCCAGGUAUGAUCUCUCGCGUGCUUUUCCCCAACGAAGUCGGUUGCGUCGACCCCGAGGAGUGCCUCAAGUUCUGCGGAUCGGCGACCUCGUGCUCGAACUCCGCGUACCCGAAGCUGGUGCUGGAGUUUCUCCCUGGGGGCAUGCGAGGUGUCAUGGUGUCGGUCAUGCUCUCGGCGCUCAUGAGUAACCUGACGUCGAUCUUUAAUUCGGCUUCGACCCUUUUCACGAUGGAUCUGUGGAUGCUCUGUCGACCCAAGGCCAAGGCGAGGGAGCAGCUGAUUGUCGGGAGGUAUUUGAUUAUUAUAAAAGUUUCAGAAAAAGUACCACACAGCAAGAACCCCGACCCACGAAAAUUUAAGGCACUGUUGUUUAUCGUCGUGUUGGUCGUCAUCUCAAUUCUGUGGAUGCCAAUCAUUGAGAGGUCACAAGGUGGACAACUGUUUGUGUAUAUACAAGUAAUUGCGUCGUACUUGGCACCUCCAAUUGCAGCUAUCUACUGUAUGGCUGUAAUAUGGAAGAGGUUGAAUGAACCAGGAGCGUUCUGGGGCCUUAUGAUUGGCUUCGUGGUGGGCAUGGUUCGAAUGAGUCUGGAUUUCUACUACACUGAGCCCCCCUGCGGCGAGGAGGACCUGAGACCAAAUAUCAUUAAAAAGAUUCACUACAUGUAUUUUGCCACACUGAUGUUUUGGGGAACGUGUUUAGUGUCUGUGAUCGUGACGUUCAUCACAGAACCUCCAGAGGAAUGGCGGCUGAUUAGGACGACCUACUUCACGAGGCUCGACCACAGAGACCGAGAGGAUGACAUGGAGAUGAAAGAGAGAGUCAACAACGAGCUCUUGGAGGUGGCCCACACUGUCGACGAAGCAAGUGUUGACGGAGAUCACCAUGUACCGUGGUACAAGAAAGCGUACUACUGUAUCUGUGGGUUUGAUGUUUCAAAAGACGCUGAGGAACAAGCAGUUGCCAUGAACGAACAUUUAGCAGAGCUGACGAACCUUCACCAAGAAACGUGGGAGAAGUAUUUACUGAACAGUAUGCUGGUUGUCAUCCUCGUAGCCGCUGUUGCUCUCUUUGUUUACUUUUCCAUCAGUCCCUUCACAGAGGAGGAAGUUCGUGACAUCCAACGGAGGAAGUUAGAGGAACUCGGCUAUUAUGAUGUUCUUUAA